UAAAAUCGAUCAUAACUAACAAAGAAUAUAAAGAUAUCUCAUCAAAGAAAGAGUAAUGAAAUGACAGAACUAAAUGAAACAUGUAAUAAAUUAAAACAAUCCAAUCAUUCGGAUAAUUCAUUAUCAAUUAUCAAUAAUGAUCAGAAAUCAAUAAAUCAAAUUGAACAAUUGUUAUGUCAAGUAUUAAAUGAAAAUUCUAUUUUAAGAGAAAAAAAUGAAGAGUUAGAAGAAAUGAUUCUUAAUAAUGAAGAUCAUUCAAAAAAAUUGAAUAUGAUAUUGAAAGAAACUAAAAUGGAACUAAAUAAGAAAGAAGAUUUAAAUGAACAAUUGAAAUCAGAUAAUGUGAUCUUAAAUAACUUAAUACAAUCUAUGAAAUCAGAUCAAGAAAUGCUUCAUGUAGAAAAAGAAAAUCUGAUCCAAACAAAUAAACAUUUGGAACAAAUAAUUUUAGGAAAAAUAGAAAAUGAAAAGAAAUUACUAGAAGAUAAUCAAAUUUUAGAUAAAUUAAUUCAAGAUUUACGUGAACAAUUCACUACAUGUACUAUGUACAAGACAAGAUCAGAUGAGUCAAACAAUUUGGAAGACGAUCGUCAUCAUCAUCAUUAUCAUCCCGACGGUCAUGAAUGUUCCAACUGUGAAUAUUUACAAAAACAAUUAAAUGCCUACAUUUAUUUAUAUGGUGAAUUAAUUGAUCCAAAUAUACAAGAUAUUUCAGACAAUUCUUCAAUUGAAGAAUUGACAGAGAAAAUGAAGCAAAAUAUUACAAACGAUAAAAUAUGUUCAAAACUAGAUCAAUCAAUCAAAAGUUCUGAUGUUAAUGAUCAGUCCAAUGAAAAAGUUAAUUUAAAUGAAACUUUAAUGAAAUCUCAUUCAGAUUAUUCAUCAUUAUUAUCAAGUGACUCUUCAUCAAUUAAUGAACAUGGAAAUAAACAUAAUAAAUGCUGUAGUACAAAAUAUAUAAGGCGAAAUGAACGUUUAACUAAUCCGAAGCAUAUCAGUCGAUCAGGCAGUUCAGACGAUAGUCAAUUAAAUAAGUUCAAUAAUAAUAUUUUAUCAAAGUGGUCAAACAUUCAACAUGAGAAUGAACAAUUGAAAUCUCAGCUAAAUAAAAUGAAUUCGUUGUGGGAAGAAAAACAAAAAAAAUUAGAAGAUCAUUGUCGUUUACUUUCAGCUAGACUUAAAUACAUGAAAUCGAAGCAUCGUUCAGUUCAACAUCAUAAAAUAUCUUGGUUAAAAUCAUCAUUGAAUAUACUUGUUCCAUUGAAAAAAUUCAAAUCUAAUUCAAGACGAACAUUUCAGUUGAAUUCUAAGAAUAUAAAUGUAAAUCAAAAGAAUUUCAAUUCUCCUAAGGAUUGUAAUCAAUAUCAAGAUAUGAAUAGUUCUACAAAGAAUGAUGAUCCAUUGAAUCAUGAUGGUAAUGAUGAUCAUGAUGAUCAGAAUAAAUCUGAUAUUACAUAUUCUGAAUUAAUAAUAAAACAAAAUUUAAAUAAUGAGCCAAAAUUAAAAUGGAUCAAUAAUUAUAAAACAAGUUUAAUAAAGUCAAGGAAACGUGCUAUUGAAUUACUCAAAGCACAAAAUAACAUUCCUCACUUAUCAGAAAUUCAAUGUUCUUAUGAAUUAUUGAAUCAACGUUAUAAUUCUUUAAUACAACAGUAUCAGGUUAUGAGAAAAUUGAAAUUAACAGCGGAACAAUCAAAUCAUGAAUUGAAUAAUUUAGUUGAAUCAUUACGUAAUAUGUUACAUAGAAGUCGUAAACAAAAUAUUCGAACUAAACGUACAAUUGAGAGUAUUAAAGUGCAUUUAAUCAAAUUGUAUGAUACCAUCAAACAAUUGAAUAUAGAUAAUAAUCAAUCUGAAAAUAACACAUCACAAUCAUUGGGAAAUAUGAAUUCUAAAAGAUUCAUAAAAGAAUUCUCUGAUGAUAUUAUUCAUGAACUUCAAGAAGCAAUAGAUCAUAAACGAAUUGAACAUACCAACAUGAAGAAUAAAAUUAAUACACUUGAAACUGAAACAAAACGUCGACGUCAAUAUAUUGAAGAAAUGAAAAUACGUCUUCAAUGUGUCCUUAAUGAACAAAUAGAUCUUCGAAAUGAUUUAUUAACUCAAGAAAAAAUCAAUAAAAAUUUAAAAUUAUCUGAAAAUCAAUUAAAACAAACUAAAAAAUGUCAACAUAUUCAAUUAAUUACUUUAAUAAAUGAAAAAAAGAAUAUUCUAGAAAAUUUUAAUCAAUUAAAACAAUCACAUCAUCAUUUAAUGAUUGAAUUAAAUCAAUUAAAAGCGGAUUUUUUAAAUUUACAAAAAUUGAAAAAUGAAAAGUGUUCCAUUGAACAAACAGACAAUAAAAUAGUGAAACCAGUGAAACCAUUUAAUCGUAUUUGUGCUAAUAAUCGUAUUGAUCAUUUAGAAAAAUUCAUUUUAAUAUUAGCAAAUGAAUUAAUUAAAACAAUUAAAACGAUUUAUCAAUUACGUAGCCACACUUUAAGGAUUACAACAAUGAUCAAUAGGGAAAAUGUAUUAUGUAACCAAUAUACAACAAUCGAUAAUGAUAAACCAAAGUCUACAAUAAGUCAAGAUAGUUUAUAUAUAGCUAAAAUGAAAGCAGCUGAAAUUUUAUGUUUAUCAUUAAAUGAUUUAGAGAAAUUAACAUUUCUAAAUCAAAAUAAUCAUCAUCAUGAUGAUCCUAAUCAUCAUGAUGAUCUUGAUCAUGUUAAAUCAAUAAAAAGUGAAUCAAUCAAUUUAAUCAAUAAUAAAAUGAAAUCAUUUAAUCAAUAUAGAAUUCUAUCAAAAUUCACUAUAAAUUCAUAUAUAGAUAAUUUAUCAAAAUGGUCUAUUCAUUGUGAAAAACUAUUAAAAGAUUAUCCUUUUUCAAACAAGUUAAUAGAAGAAUUUUCAAUGAAAUUAAAUGAUUUAGUUGAUAUUGUCUCCAUCAUUUUUGUAAAUGAAUAAUAAUAUACUACUGAAGAAGAAUAAUACUGAAUAAUUUAUACGGUUAUUAUGCUUGAUGUCAUGUAUAUCAUUAUUUCAUAAUUAAAUUUUUAAUAUAUGGCAUGAGUUUUUUUAAUAUAAAAUUUAUAUUACUAAUAAGUAGUUUAAAAAUAUGUGAUACAUUUUAUAACUUCAUUUU